UUCAGAUAGAUUUAAUGUUGGUAAAGCUACAGCAUGGCGAAGUGUGCAAAAAGUUGUACAUGUACUGUAUAAAAAAUUACAAGUUUUAUUAAAUGGCCAACUAUAGAAGAAGCACAACAAAGCAUGGAUACCAUGGAACAGCAAUAUGGUUUUCCAAAUGUUAUUGGGGCAGUAGACGGAACACAUGUAAAAAUUACUGCUCCACAAGAACAUAGUAAAUCAUACAUAAACAGAAAAGGGUUUCAUUCGAUUCAACUACAAGUAAUUUGUAAUCCACAAUUACAAUUUAUACAUUGUUAUGCAGGACAGGUGAUGCAGCAUAUCGAUUAACAAAAUAUGUGAUGGUACCAUUUAAGGAUAAUGGUCAU